AUGCGUCAUACAGCUGCGCGUUGUAGCGCGGCCGUGCUCUGCACCGACUACCCACAUGCACGCCUCAUAACCCUCAACAAGCCAAAGUCCCUCAACGCGCUAGACUAUGACAUGACACGAGAGCUGCACCGACUGUACGUGACAGAGCCGGCUCCUCUGUCGUCCCUGUACAUCCUCACCGGUGCCGGCACGAAGGCUUUUUGCGCCGGUGGCGAUGUGAUUGGCCUCACGACGAACACACCGCCCGGGUGCGGCCGUGGCUUCUUUUACGAGGAGUAUCAGGUCGAUUACAAGACGAGCAUCCUUCCUGCUGGGCAGGUAUGCCUAUGGGAUGGCUACGUACUCGGCGGCGGUGUGGGCGUAUCGGUUGGGGGCACUUAUCGUGUUGCGUCAGAAAAGGCAUGCCUUGCGAUGCCUGAGGUGGCCAUAGGCAUGUUCCCCGACGUAGGGGCGUCCUGGUUCCUGCCGCGACUGUCGGUGCCUGGACUGGGACUCUACAUGGGUCUCACUGGUCACCGACUCCGGGGUGCCGACCUCGUGCACCUCGGCCUUGCAACGCAUUUUGUGCCAUCUGCUAAGAUGGACGAUCUGAAGCAUGCUCUUGUCUCGAUGUCGAAGGCAGGUGAUGUGGAGGCGGCAUUGGAGAAGUACGCGACGCCGACGGCGCAGCUGCCACCCUGCACCAUCGCUCAUUCGUUUCCUUCUCUCGCCCAGUAUUUCGACAUCACAGAGGAUUUGACCAUAUUGUCCAUCUUGGAUGCGUGCAAGACGCACGCGCACACGGAUCCGUUGAUCAAGGCAGCAGCAGACCUCAUGCCCACCUUUUCACCGACAGCGAUGACGCUCACACUGGAGAUGCUGAAGCGCGGUGCAAAGCUGAGCACACCGGUGGAGGCGUUCAAGAUGGAGUACUGCGUUUCCCAACGGGUCAUCGCGGCACACGACUUUCGCGAAGGUGUCCGAGCCCUGCUCAUUGAUAAGGAGAAGGGGCCGAAGUGGCAACCGGCAACUUUUGCUGAGGUAACGGCGGAGGCCAUCGAUGCGUACUUUAGACCCACCACGGCCGACCAGUUGGUCUGGGAUCCAGUAGCGCCGCUGCCAGAGCGCGCAUUGUGUGAUCUUACCUGA